CUAGCUUUAAUUUAUCUGACAUUUAUUUAUUUUUUUUUUAAACAAUUUUUUUAAUUUGAUUUACAUAGUUUAAUUAUUUUUAUGCAGUAAAUAUACCUAUAUCAAACUUAAUUUACCUAUUGAUUAUUUAUCAGUUAUCAUUGUUUUUAUUUAAAAUAAAACAGUAGUUGAAACUUGUCAGAAUAAUUCCAAGUGAAAUCCAACAUCAAGCUUCUUCAAUUACUGUUGUUUUUGUUUUUCAUAUUUAAUUGUGUAUUUUUUUGUAAUUAAUUUACAAUGACCAGAAGAUGUGCUAUAAAAGAAUGUGCUUGCAAAAAGUGUCUUCCAAUGUAUUCUUUUCCCAUCGGUGAUUACGUACGUUGUUUGAAAUGGUUAAGGGCUACUGGACAAAAACACCUUCUUGAUUUACCAUUUGUUCAAUUGGGAAGUCGUUGUAUUUGUAAAUGUCAUUUUGGAAAAUGGGCACCAGCUGUCAGAGGUAAAUUAUUUGCUGGUGCAUAUCCUACUCAUUUUUUGCCUAAAAAACAACUAUCAAAUCAGGAUCUUCGAGAAUAUUGUGAUGAGCAAAAAAAAUUGGCAGCUUUUGAAAAAUUGAUGGCAGAGAACAAUGACAAUGUAGCCAAUGAAACUUUGACAAAUGAAGCUACUACUCAGCUGUGUGAGAUUAACACUGAUGAAACAUCAGUCAUUCCACCACCAAAAUCAUCUGUUGUUGAUACAAAUCCUACUCUUUUAAUGCCUCAAGAAAUUUCCAAUCAGGAUCUUCAAACAUAUUAUGAAAAAUUGGCACACUUUGGAAAUUUCGACAAAGAAAAUAAUGAUGAAGACAAUGUAAAUGAGGAAAAUGUUACAAAUGAAGCUUCUUCUCAGCAGAUGGACAUUGCUGAGACAUCAGUCAUUACGACAAAUAAUAAAAUAAAUAUUCAAGAACAUUUCUAUGAUAGUACAGCAUUGAUCAACACUACUCCUGAACAAAGAAGUAUAAUCGCGAAAUAUCAACAAAGAAAACCUUCAAUCGCCACUGUUAGAGCAUCCAAGAAAAGUUUAUGGACUAAACUAAAACUUCCCAAUGAUAGAAUAUAUUAUCAUCCUAUCAUGCAACUUGUCUUGACAAAACUCAUUGAACAAGCAAAUACAAUUAAAAAACUUCAAAAUAAAAAUAAACUUGAAAAACAAAAAUUGAAACAACUCAUCAAUCCCAAAAAUAAUAAGAAGUCGCGAUCUGGACAUGAAAAAAAUUAACUUUACGAGGAUUUUUUUGCUUGAAACAUCACAAGCUCCUGACAAAGUACAAAGUGUUUAUUUUAUUAUUACGAAUUACUAUUAUUUUAACAAGCCUUUUUAAUUUUUUUUGUAUUAUGUUUGAUAAUUAUUAUUAUGAUGGUGGUGAUGCUUGUAAUAGUGCAUCUAUUCGAUUCAAUUAGAAAAAAGUAUUUUGUUCUGAAUGAAAUGCAAAAGAAUUUCGAAACGCUCAAAGAGUAAGUUUUGCUUUGUUUUUUUUCUACAAUGUUUUGCAUUGUUUUAUUAAUUUAAUAUUGAAUGUAAGUUAUUUUUUAUUUUUACAGUCAUUUGGAGGGUUUUGAUAAGAAACUAGUGAUAAUAAUUAUUACUUUAGAAAUAAGACUAAUAAGUAACUGAAAAAUAAAAUGAUCGUGGUCAAUUUGUUUUGCUAAUAAUUAUUAAAUAAUAUAAUUAUUUUCUAUAAUAUUUUCUAUAGCUUUGUUUGUAUUUUUAAUAAAAAAAAAUUAUCAACUG